AACCCAUCCCACGAAAACCCAAAUGUAUGGGUAAGUACUCUUGUCAUCUUAGGCCUCUCAGCUACUCCAUUCCACAGCACUCUCCAACCCCUCGUUGUCUCUCCACCACAAACACCUCCGAAGCACCCACCGCAUUCACAAACCUCUGCUCCAGAGGCCGCCUCAAAGAGGCAUUCGAAGCCUUCCGAUCACAUAUAUGGUCAGACCCACCUCUCUUCUUCCCUCUCCUCCUCAAAUCAUGCAUUCAAACCCAAUCACUUUCCCUCACCCAACAGCUCCAUUCAUUGAUCCUCACAUCUGGUUGUUCCGCAGACAAGUCUGUCACCAACCAUCUCCUCAACGCUUACGCCAAAAUUGGAGACCUGAGAAUCGCCUUUAAGCUGUUUGAUGUAAUGCCCAGGAGGAACGUCAUGUCUUGCAACAUUUUGAUAGGUGGGUUUGUUCAGAAUGGGGAUUUGGAAAGCGCGCGCAAGGUGUUUGAUGAAAUGCCCGAACGGAAUGUCGCGACGUGGAAUGUGAUGGUUAUGGGUCUGACACAGUUCGAGUUUAACGAAGAGGGUUUGAGUUUGUUUUCCCGGAUGCGUGGUUUGGGUUUUAUGCCUGACAGGUUCACUCUUGGGAGUGUGUUUAGAGGUUGUGCUGGUUCAAAAGAUUUGAAUUUGGGUAGGCAGGUCCAUGGGUACGUGGUGAAAUCCGGGUUGGAGUUGAAUUCGGUUGUUGGGAAUUCUUUGGCUCAUAUGUACAUGAAGUCUGGAAAUUUGGGAGAAGGAGAGAAAGUGAUUGAGGCAAUGCCAAUAACAAGUGUGGUUGCUUACAACACUCUGAUCGCGGGAAGAGCUCAAAACGGGUUUUCUGAGGGAGCUUUGGACCAAUACAAUAAGAUGAAAACAGCAGGUUUUAGGCCUGACAAGAUUACGUUUGUGAGUGUAAUCAGUUCGUGUUCGGAGUUGGCAACACUUGGCCAAGGCCAACAGAUUCAUGCAGAGGCUGUUAAAACUGGCUAUAGCAGGGUUGCAAGUGUAAUUAGUUCACUAGUUAGUAUGUACUCCAGAUGUGGGUGUCUGGACGAUUCUGUAAAUGCCUUCUCAGAAAGUGAGGAAGCUGAUGUUGUCGUGUGGAGCUCAAUGAUUGCUGCUUAUGGGUUUCAUGGGAAGGGAAAGGAAGCCAUCGAGUUGUUCAAUAGGAUGGAUCAAGAAGGGUUGGAGGCAAAUGAUGUUACUUUCUUAAGUUUGCUUUAUUCUUGUAGUCACUGUGGAUUCAAAGAUACAGGAAUUGAAAUCUUUGACAUGAUGGUAGAGAAACACAAAUUGGAACCUCGACUAGAACAUUAUACAUGUGUGGUUGAUCUCCUUGGGCGAUCCGGACGUUUGGAGGAAGCAGAAUCUUUCAUAAGAACUAUGACUGUAAAGGCAGAUACUAUUAUAUGGAAGACUUUAUUAUCCGCCUGUAAAAUCUAUAAAAACGCCGAUAUGGCAAAAAGGAUGGCUGAAGAAGUAUUUAGGCUUGAUCCGCAUGAUUCAGCUUCGUAUGUGCUUUUGUCUAAUACUCAGGCCUCGGCUAAAAGAUGGAAGGAUGUUUCAGAAGUGAGGAAAGCAAUGAGAGACCGGAAGGUGAAGAAGGAACCAGGUAUCAGCUGGUUUGAGGUGAAGAACCAAGUUCACCAAUUUUGUAUGGGUGAUGAAUCUCAUCCACAGUUAAUGGAGAUUGAUUCAUACUUGAAAGAAUUGACUUGGGAAAUGAAGCUAAGGGGUUAUGUGCCGGAUACCGGCUCUGUUCUGCACGACAUGGAUGCCGAGGAAAAGGAAAACCACUUGACACACCACAGCGAAAAGUUGGCCAUUGCAUUUGCUCUAAUGAACACCCCAAAGGGUUUUCCAAUCCGGGUGAUGAAGAAUUUGCGUGUUUGUGGUGACUGCCAUGCGGCAAUCAAGCAUAUAUCGGAGAUUAAAAACCGGGAAAUUGUUGUUAGAGAUGCUAGUAGGUUUCACCAUUUCAAAAAUGGGAAAUGUUCUUGUGGCGAUUACUGGUAGGGAAAGGUCACUCUGGUUUUUUAACUUCUUUACUAGUAAGUGUUUAUUAAAAACAGUUUUUUUUAAA